AUGGAGCCAAGCUUUCGUCGUUACACGUGUCGACUUUUAGCCUUGGGUCUCUUGCAGAUCGGCUGGGCCAGUGUUCUCCACAAGCAGACGGAGCUGGUCCGGUUCCGAGUUCCAGAUAUCACCGCCGACUCCCUCCACAACGUUCAUAUUGAUUUUAUCGAUUCGGGUUUCCAAGGUGAGAUCCAACUCCUCUAUGGUGACUGUGAUAUCUCCACUCCCAGCCAAGAGCACCAUGAGAUUGGAAGCAUGUCUGUGAAGCGUGACGCUCAUCCAGAGCGCUUCGUCUGGGUGACCCCGUUGGAUGCUCCCCAUCUCCAUUGCCUCCAUGCGUACUCAGGAUCAACGUUGGUAGGGAAGUCUGCUCCAGUAUCUGUGGCCAAACCACUCAUACGGCGAGAGAAUAUUGCGGAUGUAGCUGAUCUAAUGGGGCCCUGGUUCGAUGGUGUCUCAUACAUGCAGGCCAAGGAGCCUGGGAAGGCCGUCGUGGCCCAAGCGAAGGACGCCGCCGUGGCAAUUAUCGGAGGGGGGGUGUCCGGCCUGAUGACCAGCCUUUUGCUAGAAUCAAUCGGCAUGCAUAACUGGCACAUCAUUGAAUCUUCGGGCAGAAUAGGUGGCCGUAUCCGUACCGAGUACAUGAAUAAUACUCGCCCAGACCAAUACCAGUAUCAGGAGAUGGGCCCGAUGCGGUUUCCCCUGAGUAUCACCUAUGCGGACAACAAUCAGACCGUCGAGAUUCAAGACCACAAGAUGGUUACCCAGCUGAGUGACGUGCUCAACGGAAUGAACCUGGACCAUCCCGAGCUUGUUCUCAACUUCAUUCCCUUCAUUGAGAAGAGCCCGAACGUCCCAGCUAGCUCCGACGGGUAUCGUUUACCGAAUGGUCUUAUCCCAACUACGGCAGAUAUAGCAGCCAAUUCGUCACUUGUAUACAAAGCAGCGUCUUCUAAUGCAACAGCAACUGCAGAUGCAGUACAUGCGUACACAGACUAUACUACUGCGAGCAAUAUCAGCGGAAAGAUCGUCACAGAUAUGUACCGGGCACACAAGUCUGCGGUCGAAAGCGGAUAUUUCCACUGGUCAGAAGCUGGCUAUCUACGAUAUGCUUUGGGGUAUAAUGACAACAUCACCGAUUAUGUUGCUGGGUCUGAAAAUAUUCCAAUGUGGGAGAGUCUCUACGACCGCGUCUACUCCAGUGCCACAAAAUGGUGCACCAUUGACAAAGGGCUGGAGUCGCUCCCGCGUGCCUUCUGGCCACAUGUCGCGAAUAAGACCACUUUGAACCGCAAAGUCCAGGGGUUAUCGUUCAACGAAACAUCUGGGAAGAUCGCUGUCAGUUGGCGCCACGACCCGAUGCAGCUGGACCCCGAAAGUGCCGAAUAUGACUAUGCAGUGGUCUCUGCGCCAUUCAGUAAGGUCCGUUUAUGGGACAUGCCUCGCUAUUCAUCUCUUCUGAGUCGAGCUAUCUCCACCCUGAAUUACGGUCAGUGCUGUAAAAUGUCGCUGCAUUUCAAGACACGAUUCUGGGAGCACCAGGAGAAGCCAAUCUAUGGAGGAUGCGGAUCGGUGGACUUACCAGGAAUCGGAUCGGUGUGCUAUCCAUCAUUCAAUAUACACGGCACCGGACCGGGCGUUGUCCUCGCAUCGUACGUGAUUGAUACUCAGGCACGGUCGAUCGCUGCGCUGAGUACUGAGGACCACGUGUCUCUGGUGCUGCGGGCUAUGGUUGAAAUCCAUGGCAGAGUUGCCGCCGAGCAAUACACCGGCAUCUACAGUCGUCAAUGCUGGGAGGUUGACGAACACCAAGCUGGAGCUUGGGCGGCUCCACUGGUUGGACAGCAGGAGCUGUAUCUUCCUGCAUACUACCAAACUGAAUUCAAGACAAUCUUCAUUGGCGAGCAUACUAGCUACACGCAUGCCUGGAUCUUCUCAGCAUUGGAUUCCGCCGUCCGUGGAACAACGCAGCUCCUGCUAGACCCUGGCUUAGUUGAUGAGGCUAAAACAAUUGUGAAUACCUGGAUGGGGCGGUGGAUCAAGGUCUAA